GUCCCCAGGCACACGAUGCUACAGUCUCUCAAGUCCAAGAACAUCUUAGUAGCCGGGAGUCGGCUGAGGUAGUUCUUCUGGAAGGUGUCUCUCACUGUCCACUCAACUAUGUCGUCUCGCAAUCAGGUAGCUCUGGUGACCGGGGGUAACAGGGGCAUCGGCUUCGCCAUCACGCGUGACCUCUGUCGGAAGUUCUCGGGGGACGUGGUGCUCACGGCACGGGACGAGGCGCCGGGCCAGGCGGCGGUUCAGCAGCUGCAGGCGGAGGGCCUGAGCCCGCGCUUCCACCAGCUGGACAUCGAUGACCCGCAGAGCAUCCGCGCCCUGCGCGACUUUCUGCUUGAGGAGUACGGGGGACUGGACGUGCUGGUCAACAACGCAGGCAUUAGCACCUGGCCCAAGAAUAAGCCACCAAGAAGAGAUGACUUCUUCAAGGACACCCAGCAAGGUCUGUCUGCUCUUGGCCUGGCAGUGCAGCGGGAUGGGGGGGGGAGCACCUUUGGCUUGUGGAGGUCUCAAGAGGUUCCUCGAGAGGAGCAAGAACAAAUAAAUAUUCCAGUGUUAUAGGGUGCCUGAGGAGAA